AACUAGUUAAAUAAAAAAGCGAGAAGUAGGAAAAGAGGAGUGAGGAAUACGCCGUCUUAAAGUUUGUGGGAUCCUUUUAGAGCGCCGGCGGUUAACGCACGGGAUCGUCGAUCAUUCACAACUGACUAGUGGGAUUAGGGUUUGAGUUGAGCUUAGCUGCGGACGAUUCCUCGUAUUCAAUACAACAACGUUGUCCUCUCUAUUGUUUGGUCUCUGUCACGCCCCACAGUUAACUUAAUUUCUUAUGUUGUGAAUUCAUUCAAAAAUGGCAGCGGGGCUUUUAUCAAGGACUCUCUUUGCCCACCGCCUUCUAAAGCCUUCCACUUUCUACAAGCCCCAAUUCUUUAUUUCUAAGAAACCUUUCUACUCCCAAGCUGCACCAACCUAUUACUCUUACAAGGUUGUGGGUUCUGUUACAUGUUGCGUGGCUUCAUCAAGGAUAGGAAUACGGACAACAUUCUCAACACUAGCUGUGUCCACCAAUGAACCUGUUGUUUCAGUUGACUGGCUCCAUGCAAACCUUAAAAACCCUGAUAUGAAGGUGUUGGAUGCAUCUUGGUACAUGCCAAACGAGCAGAGAAACCCCCUUCAAGAGUAUCAGGUUGCACACAUUCCUGAAGCACUCUUCUUUGAUGUAGAUGGUAUAUCUGAUCGUACUACAAAUUUGCCACACAUGCUGCCAUCCGAAGAAGCAUUUGCAGCUGCUGUGUCUGCUCUUGGAAUCGAGAACAAAGAUGGGGUUGUUGUCUAUGAUGGGAAGGGAAUUUUCAGUGCAGCUCGUGUAUGGUGGAUGUUUCGAGUUUUUGGACAUGACAGAGUUUGGGUUUUAGAUGGAGGCUUGCCAAGAUGGCGUGCUUCUGGAUAUGAUGUUGAAUCCAGUGCAUCUGGUGACGCAAUUUUGAAAGCUAGCGCUGCCAGUGAAGCAAUAGAGAAAGUAUAUCAAGGACAGACGGUCGCACCUAUUACCUUUCAGACCAAGUUUCAGCCACAUCUCAUCUGGACCCUUGACCAGGUUCGGAAGAACAUUGAAGAGACAACUUAUCAGCAUAUAGAUGCUCGAUCCAAAGCUAGGUUUGAUGGUGUUGCACCAGAGCCUCGAAAAGGAAUAAGAAGUGGUCAUGUACCUGGGAGCAAGUGCAUUCCUUUUGCACAGAUGCUGGAUGGCUCUCAGACACUAUUAUCUGAUGAAGAGCUCAAGAAAAAAUUUGAGCAGGAAGGUAUCUCUUUGGACAAGCCUGUAAUAACUUCUUGUGGCACUGGGGUAACAGCUUGCAUACUUGCCUUGGGCCUCUAUCGACUUGGAAAGACUGAUGUUCCAGUCUAUGAUGGUUCGUGGACAGAAUGGGGAGGACAUCCAGAUGCACCAGUCUCCACAUCUGAACCGUAAAUGCAACAUGCUUUCAAAGAGUGCAUCAACAUAUGACAUUGCAAAGUUUGCCUGAUCCGUUGUAUCCUCGAAUAAUGGAACAUAGAUUUAAAGAUAGUUAUGGCACGUAUAUAUGUCAACAGAGGGAAUGCAGAAAGAGUGGCUGUUAGUAAGAAUAUAGUAGGCUGGGGAAAAUCAGAUGUGCUUAAGUUACUUAUAACUAUUUGAUCACGAGUCCAAUUUUUCUGUCUUUAAUGAGCAACAAGCAUGCGCUGUUCAUGCACCUCUUUCGCCUA